GAAGAGGCCAAAGCUGCAACGUCCGAGGAAAAGGAGCAUUCGACUAUUGAGCGUUUUAACUCAAACUCUGUCUCAAAUAAAUAUUAUUGAAGCCCAGAUAUCAUGUCGUAGAGCUGAACAUACACAGUUAACGAAGUCUCUGGAAAAGAAGAUACAGAGGGCAGCAGAACACAGGCAGGAAUAUCUUGCUUUGAAAGAAGAAGCUGACACUCAUGGAGGUCGUGUGGGUAAGCUUGAAAAUGAUAUUCGGGAACUGAAGAGAAAGCACAAGGAUGCGUUGCACAAAGCAAUUAUGCAUCAGACACUUCUUCAGCAG